AUGCUCAUCAUAGGUCUGACCGGCGGCAUCGCCACGGGAAAGUCGACGGUAUCAUCCGUCCUUUCCUCGCCGCCGUACAACCUCCCCAUCAUCGAUGCCGACCUCCUCGCGCGCAAGGUGGUCGAGCCAGGCACACCGGGUUACCGCGCAAUAGUCGACUACUUCGGGCCGACGACGCCGGACCUCCUCGUGGCCGCCUCCGCAGAGGUGCCCGAGGCCGGGCCGAACGGAAAGGGCAGGCCGCUGAACCGGCCGGCGCUGGGGCGGCGGGUGUUUGGGGACUCGGCGGGGGCCAAGGAGGCGCGGGCGAAGCUGAACGGCAUCGUGCACCCGGCGGUGCGCAGGGAGGCGUACAGGGCGCUGCUGCGGGCGUACCUGACGGGCAGCUGGGCCGUGGUCUGGGACGUGCCGCUGCUGUUUGAGGUUGGUACGGACAGGCUGUGCGGGACGGUUGUGGUCGUCGCUGUCAAGGACCCCGCGGUGCAGAUGGAGAGGCUGCGCGCGCGGGACCCGCACCUGAGCGCCGAGGACGCUGAGAACCGCGUGCGCAGCCAGGCGGACGUGAGGCUGAAGGCGAGGAGGUGCGAGGCUAGGGGGCAGGGGAGGGGGGUCGUCGUGUGGAACGACGGGGACAAGGAGGAGCUGAGGCGGGAGAUCGACAAGGUCAUGGUCGAGAUCAGGGCGACGAGUCCGUGGUGGUGGAGCACGGCGCUCUGGGUCUGCCCGCCGCUGGCUGUGGCUGCUGGGUUGUGGAGCCUCGCAGUGAAUUGGAGGACUAACAGGAGGUGGGAGCAGGGCGAGUCGAGGGAGAGGGCAAGGCUGUGA